UUACAGUAUCGUGUAAUUGAAAAGCCUCCUCUUCAUGAAGAGUUUCUUGAAGCAAUCAAAUCACUCCCUGCAUCCUACGACCCAGACGCCUACCACAACCUGAUCUCCACAUAUGGCACUCACUAUACCACAAGUGUUAAGUUAGGGGGUCAAAUGAAAGCCAUAACCGCCAUCAAAUCCUGUCAGGCUGCAGUGAGUGGACUUACAGACACUGCGGUAAAGGACUGUUUGGAUGUGGAAGCUUCUGGUUCCUACAGUGUAGCAACUGUGAAGGUAGAAGCACAUUUUUGUAAAGAAAAGAAGAAGAAGAUGGGCACAAAUGAAAAUUUCAGCUCCAUGUUCAAUGAGCGUCAGACAGAGAUUAUUGGAGGAAACAUAAAUGGAGAAGAUCUGCUUUUUUCUGGUUCAUCACACCCAGGUUCCCUUAAAAAAUGGCUUGAGUCUUUGAAGAGUCUUCCUGACAUUGUGCAUUACUCUCUGAAACCCCUCCAUUUCUUACUGAGUAAAAAACACCCUGCAAGAAAAGGACUGAAGAAAGCUGUUGAAGAAUACAUCAUUCAAAAUGCGCUCAUGAAGGUUUGCUCUGAGCCUUGCAAGAUUGGCAGGAAGUGCAGUGCAAGAGACCGAUGUGCUUGUGUUUGUGAAAGUAGUCAAAUUAUAAAGUCUAACUGCUGUCCAGCUGAAAAAGGACUUGCCACCCUCAAAGUCUACAAUCUCAGAGCCAAAGGUCUGUAUGGAGAUCAAUAUACACAAACAGAUGGAACUGUAACUGUUACAUACGGCACGCAAAUCAAGCGCACUGAGACCAUUGAUGAUGACGACAAUCCACGUUGGCCAGAAAUAUUUGAGUUUGGACCUAUUAAGAUCAAAAUGGCCAAUAAACUGACUUUUGAAGUAUACGAUGCAGACAGCUACUGGAACAGCGAUCCCCUUGGUACAUGCUCUUUUGAUCUUAGAAGUGGAGUUGUGAGUGAUGCUUGUGUUUUUACAUAUGGCACCUUCUAUUUUACCUAUGAAGUGAAAUGUGCACCCAGUCUGCAGGGCCCACAGUGUAAUGAACACAAACCUUCUCCAAUGGCUGCCCAUCUGGCUGAUAUUUUCAGCUCCAGAAAUGGUGUUCUGGUUAAAGACCUGCCGAGGCUUGAAUUAGCUCUCAAUAACUCAGAUAAAUUCAAUUUCAAGAGCACUUAUGGAAAGCUGAUGAUGCUGGGACCUGCAUCUUGAAUCCAUCCUUUAUGCCUGAAAAAUUGCCCUAAACACCACUUUCAUCUGCUAGAAUGCUAGAAAAAAAUGCAUCUGUAACCUUUGCUUACUUAUUUUCCCAUUACUGAUAUUUUACAAAUGUUUUAUAUUAUUCUCUGUGUUUUUGCAUCAAUAAAGCAUUUUAAAAGACA